CAUCUCAUAGUUAUCCAUAUUUGUUUAAAAAUGUUUUGACGUUUUAAUAUUAUGUAAAAGUUUUCAACAUAGCCUUUAUUGUUCGGUAUCCAUUAAAGUCCCAUUGACGGUUUGUUCCGAAUAACAUUUAUGGAAACUAAAGCAAACAAGUUUGGACUUUUCGAAGGGAAUAUGACUCGAAUGACGGUAUUUCUAAUAUAUGUCAUGUUGCUUGGUGAAGCAGUAGGCAGAAACAUCGAUACCGAAAGACAGGAUUAUUGUCGAAAAUUUACUUCUGAUAAUGAGCUGCAGAAUCUUAUAGCAUCUGGUCGCAGAGGAGCAGAGCCGUGCCCUUGUAUUGAACAGAAAAUUAUUCUCGAUAAUACUUUUGAGAAAAUUGAAAAUUGUUACAAACAGUGGUUCUUUCGAGAAGGUGCAAAAGAAAUGUGUUGCUAUAGUGAAAAUGGUAACCUGAUAACUGGAGGUUCAUCAGCUGGAUAUCUUAUACUUGAGACAAAAGAAGAAGUCAUUGGAAAAGCUCAUCAAGAUUGUUGCGGAAACGAUUCAACUAUAUAUAAACAUCCAUGCCAAUCAUUCUAUGAAAUCAAUCCACCUGAAAAUUGCAGUGCAUAUCUUCCACCGUCAGAAGUGACAUCUUCGGGUGAUCCUAGGAUCGAAACAAUAGAUGGAAAUAGCUAUGAUUUCAAUGGUCACGGGGAAUACGUGUUUCUCACUGAUAACACCAAAUUCGAGAUACAAGCUAGGACGGGGUACAUCGUGAAAGGAAACAAGGAUUUAACGAUGUUUACAGCUUUUGCAUUGUUUGAUAAACAAAAUGGCGAACAGAUAGAACUACACUAUGAUAGAGGUGCAAAUGACAUACGCUUCUACCGAAACGGCACAUAUAAUGAGAUUUGUAACGCAUCAUCUCUUAAAGGACACGGUAGACCAUAUCCCUGUGAAAUGCCUAAACAAUAUAGCUGUUUAGUUCUAGCAGGCGGUGGACAAAUUAUAGUCCAAAAAUGUGGUUUUGGUAACUAUGUCAAACAGAUUAUUUUCGGAACUGAUAAUCUUUUGAGUAUACGUAUUACCCCUUCUUCAAAAGAAGUUAUUAGGAAAAACUUAACUGGGCUUUCAGGGCACCUAGAAAACGGUUUCUACAUAAUGCGAAAUAAGUCAAGAGUAGCUGCAAACGCAUCUGCCUCUGUGUUGUUUGAUUUUUCGGAAUCUUGGGCUCUACAAAACGAUUCAGAAAGUAUUUUCAAAUAUGAGCAUACCGGAGGAAACUUUACAUCACAUAACAAAUACCAUACACGCCCAAAAUUUCUUGAAGAUUUGGUGGGAAAUCUAACGGCAUUAUUCGAGGUAUAUACUAUAGAAAAUAUCACACUUUUCAACAACACAUGCAGGAAUUACUGGAACAAUGAACCUAACGAGCAGUGUUUGCUCACGAUAGCAAGGACAGGGGAUUACAGUUUUGGAGUAGCAGUAAUGAAAGAAACAAAUGCAACACGACACAAGUGGGAUAUACUGCACAACAAAGCUCCAGAAUUUUCGGACAGAUUCCCACAUGAUAUAACUGUACAGUAUAAAAAAGGUUCCAUCUGGUCGAUAAAUCUGACGGACUUCGUCACUGAUGACCUUACUAAACAGCAAGACCUUACACUUGAAGUUCAGACGAAACUGCCGACAUCAGAGUAUAUAUUUGGUAAUACAGAAAUAUAGUUCGCGCAGAAUUAAUAAUCAUUUAACCAAUAUUGUAUUUAGUUAACUGUGGAUGUGAGUGAUGAAUGAAUAAUGAACAAUAAGGAUAUAUUUAUCAGCUUAGCUCUAUAACGUUUUCCCAACCUAUGUGUAUGCAUUUGUUGGCAUGUUUUCAUCAAAAGAAAAAA